CGAAAAGUUUACCCAUUCCAUUCCACUCCACUCCACUCCACUCCACUAUCAAAAUGGACAACACCAAAAUCUCAGCUCUACUCCUCAUUUGCAUGCUUUUCAUUUCCGCAGCCACUCCAAUUCUUGGCUGUGGAACCUGCGGCAAGCCACCCCCGAAGCACAGAAAGCCCAAGGGAAAGUCCCCUAAGGGUCCCAUUACCAUCCCUCCCAUUGUUAAACCUCCAAUCAACUUGCCACCGGUUACUGUUCCUCCAAUUGUGAAGCCACCAGUCACAGUCCCUCCGGUGACACUCCCUCCCGUUGUGAAGCCGCCAAUCAACCUCCCCCCAUUGAUCCCUCCAAUUGUGAAGCCACCCAUUAACCUCCCUCCGGUGACGGUGCCUCCAAUUACUACUCCACCAAGUGGAAAAUCCUGCCCGCCACCACCGGCCACUGCCACUUGCCCUAUUGACACACUGAAACUGGGUGCUUGUGUGGAUCUUCUUGGAGGGUUGGUGCACAUUGUUAUUGGUGACCCGGUUGUGAAUGAAUGCUGUCCGGUUCUUUCAGGGCUUGUUGAGCUUGAAGCUGCAGUCUGCCUGUGCACCACUCUCAAGCUCAAGCUUCUCAACCUUAACAUUUAUGUGCCACUUGCUCUUCAGCUCCUUAUCACUUGUGGGAAGACACCCCCUCCUGGUUACACUUGCUCUCUCUAGAUCAUCCAAGGUUGCUAAUUUCAUGGACGCUCUUAUGAUAUCGACAUGAGAGGAUGUCGACCUUUCUCUUUCUCUUUCUCUUCUUCUUUCUCCCCUACCCUACCUCCCCUUUCUCUCUCUCAAUUGGAUUGGACUCUUAUUGUACACCAUUUGUUUUUUUCUUUCGUAAAGAUUGUUGCAAGUGUGUUUUUGUCUUGGAACAAAAGAAGCAAUCAAGAAUGACCUUCUUCCUGUUUAUGAUU